AUGCUGAUCUCUCACGAUCGCUACGGUUCGACGCUGCUCCACGAGGCAUGUUCUCGCGGCAUGAAGCACCUUGCCCUUGCUGUGCUCAGCGCAGCUGAGGAGGUGGGUGAAGCCACGCAGGAGAGGCUGACUGAGAAGCUCUUCCAGCGAGACUAUCGCGGGCAGACGCCAGUGCCUCAGCCCAGGUUGUGCAAGGACAGCGAGUCCGACGACGGCUACGAAGGUUCCACGGAUGUGGAGGAGCAGAGCGACGCCGCAUUGAAUUCCGACAGUGACUAUGACCCUCCUCCUGUGCGGGUACUCCUCCUGGCAUUCAUGUUCAUGUUCCAGGGCUAUGGAGCCAUGGUUGGGAGUCCACAGCAUGCGUUGAAACAUAAGCUGCACAUCCAUGGGAAAGAGAUGUCCGCGGAGUUCCAGGAAGCAACUGCGACCUUUCAGUUGGCCAAGAUGGUCAUGCGAAUCUGUCAAAUUGCUUUCCUCGUAUUCACGGACCCUGCAGGCAUCGUCUACACCUCCUACGUGGUGAUGAUGGCGGCGCUCCUAGUCCCCAUGAUCUUCGUCUGGGGCGCGGGAGUCACGGACCUUUGGGUCGUGCGGCUGCAGUACAUCCUGGGAGGCGUGGCCGUCGGCCUCUUUGAGGGCACCUUCCUGAGCGUGAUCAGCUCGCUAGGGAAGAACACCAAGACCUUCGCGAUCAUGGGAGCUCCCCUGGGGUUCUUUGUGAACAACACAAUCCUCGGAACGCUGAAAUACUUCGGGAUGCCUGUGAUUGUCUAUUAUGCCUACAAUUGCGCAUGCUUGCCUAUUGCGAUCUGGAUCUUCCACAGCAAACGGCCAAGAGAGGUCGUGGCUGUGAAAAGCAAAGGCAAGGGCUGCAAAGUCUUCUUGAACUCCCUGAAGUGCUGGCUGGACUGGGUGCCCAUCAUGAUUCCGUGGUUCAUCGCAAAGUUCAUUGGCAACUUCGUGCUGGAGGAUGGCUUUCCACUCCUCUUCAAUACUUUCAACAGCCCAAAGGUUCCCAUCAUUGGUGGCCCUGAAAGCCAAGAUCACUUGAUCCCGUUUGACCUCUACACAGCUCUUAUCUGGUUUCCUUGCAUGGCUGCUGGCGACACGAUUAGCCGACGGGUGCCGCAGUACCUGGAUGUAACGUCCAAACGAAAGUGCUUUCUGUACUUGUCUAUUGGGAUUAUCCUUUCCGUGGCUGGAGAAGCCCUGGACUUCUUACUGCUGGCACUCGUCACGGCUCUCGCAGCCUUCAUUGCCAACUUCGGCAACGGCUUUAUCUACGGCCUGCCAUCUGCCUGCACUGAAUUCCUCUUCAUCGUGCAGCAGCUGCUGGAAGUGGAGAGGCCGGUGACGGUAACAGGUUCCCACUCCGGUACCAAUGGCACCCCUUCCAUUUGCAAGGCUGCAAUUCUAGAACGAAUGGUCACUCACCAGCAGAUUGCCUGCACACAGGAAGGCAAUGCAUCCGUGGUAGCGUUCAGGAUCGUUGGCUUCAUGAGUUUGCCUCUGAACUACUACCUAGCAUUCGCGAUCUUGAUGGACGAACAGCAUGGCAGGCCUUCGCCUCACUUCAACGCCACCACAUAUCUCUUGAUCAACUCAAUGUGGAGGUUGCGAGCUUCUGGGGCUUUGACGCCGCUGCUGACUCCAUCUUCAGGGAUGCUCGCAGAGUUGGCCCAAGUUUUCGCUUUUCCAGAAUGCAGUCGACCGCCUCCCAGCGAUUCUGACAAGCCGGUUCACAGUUUCGUAGCUGCGUGUCUGGUCCAGUUCAAGACAGAGCUCCUGCAAUUCCGGGAGCUGCGACUUCGACGACAGAGCAGCUUCCGGAAUUUCUUGGAAGAGGCAGCCGUCGUGGCCGCAGACAGGCCUGUUGCGCCUCCUUUAGAGCAGAUCAACGCUAUCUCAGCUGAGCUGACGGCAAGCGCAGGUCCGCUCGAAGCUCGAAGACAGGAGGAGGAGGACUCCGACUGCGAGACAGAUCCUGGCAUGCCGGAGCUACAGCCCGUAACGCCACGCGCAAUCGCAGAGGUCCCAUCGUCGCAGCCGGCGUGUGGUGACUUCUCUCCUGGCGGCGAUGACAGCCCGGAAAGGCUCGGUGACUCCGGUGGCGACUUCAACAAAUGUUGGGGAAGGAGCGCCUUGAAAGAUGCAUUGAAAGGUAUGAGCUCAUUGCGUGAUGCCUAA